UAGCUCUGUGGAUAAGGAGGACUUGUGGAGAAAUGCAAGUACAGUACUCCUGCUAUGCUGGCUGAGGGCGAAGGCAUGGCCGGUCCCUCGCUGUGUGCUGCCACCACGGCGGCCUCUCCGGACCUGCACAAGGUGCCCGGAUUGGGAGAGAGUAAAACCACACACUGCUCCUUUUCAAUCGAGAGUAUAUUGGGACUGGAGCAGAAAAAAGAUGGCAUUCCAGCUGGGAAACCUCACAGACCCUGGAUGGAUGCAUGCACCAGCUUGGUUUUAGGUGAUGACAGUAAUCCUCAUCUGCAAAUCCCUGUUGUUUGCUAUGAAAAUCCAUUAUUUCAUGCUAGAAGGGAUCCAGUGCAAGAGGAAAACGUUUUGAAAUGUGAAAAAUAUUUUUCAGUUACUGAAAGGCUGUCUUUCAAACGAGAAUUGAGCUGGUACAGGGGUAGAAGACCAAGAACUGCAUUCACCAGAAACCAGAUUGAAGUCUUGGAAAAUGUUUUUCAAAUGAACUCCUACCCUGGCAUUGAUAUUAGAGAAGAAUUAGCUCGCAAAUUAGAUUUAGAUGAAGACAGGAUCCAGAUCUGGUUUCAGAACCGCCGUGCAAAGCUGAAAAGAUCACACAGAGAAUCUCAGUUUCUAAUGGUGAAAAAUACUUUCACCUCCAGCCUGCUAGAGUAGAAGGAAGGAUGGCUUGCUGUUACAGUACUGCUACAGAAAAUGAAGAAUUAUUCAUAACCUGUAUGAAGUAAUGAUAUAGUAAUUAUGAUUUUAUGACCAGAUAUGAAAGUUUAUUAUAAUUUUCAUUCAAAUAAACUGUAAAUACUUG